AACCCACUAUAAACUAGGUCGUGAAACACCUCUCUAAACUAAUUGCGGGUGGCACCCCUGUUUCAACACGCACUCCGACGGAAUCCGAGGGAAUUCUUGUGAAUCGGCAACUAUUAACCAGUCUAAAGCAGUAACCAGCUAUUGAAAUUAAAACUCUGCCAUCUGGAAUUGUUUCUCUUGUGCUAGAAAUGGCAUGCGAUGAAAUUCUGAAGGCUGUUUUCCCUCUGCUGGAAGGUGAAGACCUUGCUACAUGUAUGUUAGUGUGUAAGCAGUGGCAAGAGAUUGCUCGAGAUGAUUUUUUCUGGAAAUGCUUGUGCGCGAAGAUAUGGCCAUCAGUCUGCAAGCGGCCCUCCCCUCCAACAGUAACUUAUCAUAAAUUAUUCAAAAACUUCUAUAAACUUCAGGAUGAACAACCUCCCCUUCCACCAACGCUUUCCUUCAAGGACUUGGAAUUUUAUAUCGAUAUUUGGUCCAAACAAAGCUUGAUCUUCUCAGAUGUGGUACCGGGGCUCGUCCUCCGGAGGGGAAGCUGGAUUCCACCACCCGGGAUCAGUGAUGUGCUAAGGUCUCACUUGGAGGGUCCAGCAUGCAAGAUGACAUUGCCUGUGGAACCGAGAUUUAACGUUCCAUUUGACCAGACGGUGAGUGUCUCUGUGCUCGUAAGUCGAAAGGAUUCCAAUAAAGUUGCUUGCAUAAUAAACAAAUCAGUUUUUGAUUACACUGAUCGGUCGGCGUUUCGUGCCCUUGCAUUCGACUACCUCGACAUCUCUCCUGCCCACCCUUUCGUGUCUGAUAUACGGGCUUGGGUCUCUUUGCUCUUUAUGGACCAUGAUAACGAUGGUAUAAUUGAUGUGUUUGGAAUCGAAGUGGAUUUCUGUGACGCUGCUAGCUCCGAAGAAGAAGUCCUCAGCCUCCUAGACAUACUCGAUUGGAAGUGAAGGCUUUCAUUGACACUAAACCUUGAUUCUGGCUACUUCAAUUGCGUGAUAGAUCCAUUUAUCCACUUCGUGUAGCUUUUAUGUCCAGAGCAUGUAUAUGUUUAUUCCGUUCGUAGGCAUGUUUUUCUUGUCUAAGUCUGUACACUCUGCCUAUAUUGUAAUAAAAUGACCAGUGCAUUUAUUCAUCUUCUCGUUUUAUGGAUU